AUGCAGCUCCCGCUCCUGGUGCUGCUGGCUGCCUGGGCCAGUCCCCGCUGCGCAGACGUGCGCGCAGACGCUGCUCCCUCUGCCGACCAGAGCAGCCGGCUGCGCACAAAGUGGCAGGUUUCUCUCCGAGAGGCCAGACUGCGCGACGGCAACAAAGCUGGGAACACCAAGCAGCUGCUCUACUGCCGCAUUGGGAUUGGCUACCACUUACAGAUCCUGCCCAAUGGGACAGUAGGAGGGGUGCAUGAACACACCGAAUACAGCUGGCUGAAGGUGUUUGCGAUGGAGCAGGGGGUUGUAGGAGUGCAGGGUCUGGAGAGCGGGCUAUACCUGUCUAUGAACAAAGAUGGGAUCUCACAUGGAUUGAGCCAGUUUACGCCAGACUGCCUCUUCAGGGAGAGUCUGGAGGAGAACCAUUACACCACCUACUCCUCGCUCUCCUACCCAGGCUUCUACCUGGCCCUCUCCCCCAAAGGCGGGGCCAGGAGGGGAGGCAGCGUGAGCAAGGAGCAGCCCUGCACCCACUUCCUACCCCGGAGAGUCCUUCCCCAGGCAGAGAACAGCCCCCACUAA